CCUGGAUUUUGGACCAGUCCAGCUUUCAAUUACGAGGGGAUCAAGAUGAUAACAAAGCGACGCAUAAUCAAAUUCAUUGUUCUUCUAGCAGUUGCCAUUUACACCUUGGUUUUUGCAUUUUCACAAAUUAACGGUCACCCUAGUGUGGGCAAAAAACGACAUCCGCGGCCCAACUUCGGCAUUCGGGAUCCCGGUUCGGCAGUCAAAACAGGUGCUUCAGUGAAGGCUUUUGACUAUCAGCGAUUAAAAGCCCUCAACGAUGAAAUGCUGAGACGAUUUCUGGAAGAGUUCCCCGAAAUGAACAACGCUUACAGUCCAAAUACUGCAAAAUCAAGUUCACUGGCUGCUGAGUGUAGUAGCCGCACGAAUACCAACAGACGAGGGCAUACUCGCAGUGCCUCCCCCUCGGAUGCAACCAGUCUGCCCCUAGCCCCACCUGUGUUCUACCCGCUAGGACACAAUCCUAACAGUAACAGUGGGUGGGGGAGGGGAAUGACAGAAAGGGAGGAAGUGAGCUGCAAACAAAGCGAGGUCGCCUGGACCAACAGCUGCUGCAGAACAGUCUAUUUUUUAGGCGGUGGGAAAUGUGGCAGCACCAGUUUGGCUAUUCUGCUCAAACACAACAUGUCUUCAAUGGGCCAGUUCGACCCCAGCAGUGGCUUCGCGGACGGGGGCAAGGAACCGUGCUGGGCACUCACUUCAGGAGGGGAGAGGGAACUGUACAACAAGUUCCCACAGUGCAAGUCACCCCGGUGCACGAGUAGGAGAGACGAGGUGAAUUCAGGGGAGACGAGAAGUCAUCAGGAGAGAACAGUUGUGCUGGAUGGGUGUCCCAGGUACACAAAGCCAAUGAGCGCGAGGAAGAUAAUGUGUUCGGAUCCGGAUGCCAAGUUCGUGAUGCUAGUGAGAGAUCCACUCCUCAGGGCAAUCUCAGACCACAACGACCACCUCAUUCGGGGCUCGGGCAAGACGAGGGCGAUGUCGAACAAGGACCGACAGACACUGCCACUUCGUAGCUUGACUCUGUCCGACUACAGGACCAUCUUGGGUAACUUUCUGCAGUUGGUGCCACCCCAGAAUGUCCUGAUUGUGCAGAGUGAGUUUCUUAUGGAGGAGAAGUUUGUGCAGCAUAUCAUGACUCAGGUGCAGAACCACUACAACGUGCCCAACAGAGAUGUGCAUCAUGUAAAAAGCAACGCCAACUCGGAGGAUCCAAAGUACACUCUGCCAUCCAAGAAGUCCUUCGAGGCCACCCUCUCCACUCUCUGUCCCAAGAGUCUCAACUUUUUCCAUCUAGUCGGGUACAGCUUCGACUGGAUUCUCCACCCAGAUGACCACAGGGCACAGUCACAUUAUCAGCCACCGGACGAGGAAGACUAUAACUUAUAGCGAUGAUUAAUUUAAAUAAUUAAGAAUCAUUGGAGUCAUCUUGACCGCUUCCUUUGAUUUUGUGUUUUAGGUCUCUGAUUUCUUUUCGCAAUUUCAGUUCAAAUGACCUAAAAUAUUUAAUUAGCUAGUCUUUUUGUUGAUAUAAGUUAACAUUUUUGUGCCAAAAAAGAUAUUCCAAUCAUUGUUUGUUUAGAUCGUGAAGAACUAAAAAUAAUUUCAGAAAAAAAAUGUUCAUCGUUUUUUAAUUUUGUCGUCUAA